UGAAAAUUGUGAAGCGCAGCCAUAGCCAUGCCCACCACCUGUGUUUUUCAGCUGGAUCGCCUGAAUCCCAUCUACAACAGCGGCGAGUACAUAAGCGGACGCAUUCUGCUACGAACGGACAAGGUGAAGCGUGUCAAUGCGGUUCAUGUGACACUGGAGGGCGAGGCCAAGGUUCAAUGGACAAUGAGCGGGAAGAGUGAAACGGCCAACUAUUCGGGCCAUCAGCAAUACUUACACUCCCGCACCAAUGUCUUUGACAACACCCUGUUCCGUGCUGGCGUCCAUGUCUAUGUCCUGACACUGCGCAUCCCACCCGACUGUCCGAGCAGCUGCAAGGGUCCCUAUGGCUACAUUGCCUAUACCAUCUCCCUGACUAUCGACAAGCCCUGGGGAUUCGAUGAGGUCUUUCGCAAGCCAAUCACAGUGGUGCAGACACUGGACCUUAACUUCAAUACAGAAUUUGCGCUACCCGUCAAGGAUGAGAACGUCAAAUAUCUUUGUCAUUGGCCCUGCGUUUCGGGUCCGAUUUGCUCCACCCUGGCACUACCUGCCUCUGGGUUUACGCCCUUGCAGGAGGUGCCCUUCCGCCUGGAAGUGGACAAUCAAUCGCCGCACUACGACAUCAUCGGCGUGGAGGUAUCCAUCAAGCAGCACUUUGUCUUUCUCUCUCGCAAACCCGUGAAGCGAAACUUCUUUACCAAAACUCUGACCAAGGAACUGAUCACGGAUCGCACCCUGCGGCUGUCCAAGCGGCAGUAUGAGUCCAACAUCUGUGUGCCCAUGGAUACGCCCCGUUCCACCCUGAAUCCCAAUUACAUUGUCUUUCUGCACUACACACUGCAGGUGAAGCUAAAGACAGGCUGCUUUCACUACGACACGGAUUUGUCCGUGCCCAUUAUUGUGGGCACCACAUCGCUGCAGCACUUGCGUAGCUCUGUCCACACCACACAACCGACGGCGAGGACAACGACCCCGGAGAGGCAGCGACUGAUAGAGCGAGUGUCACCCCGUCCGCCAGUGCUGGCCGAGGAAGAGGAAACGAUCCCGGAGGCGGCUUCGGAUCCACAUCAGGGAAUAGAUGAUGAUGAGCCGCCGUCGUACGAUAGUUGCUUGCCACCAUCCUUCAGCUUUGCCACUCUUGCAGGCAGUCAACAGACCUUGGAAAGUCAUGGUGGCCAGCAUGUGGUCCUCCAUCAAAUCCAUCUGCCCAAAUUUCCAGGAUUCAGCACCUUCAUAGGUCCAGCCCCGGCACAGGGCAUGGAGGAUUCCGGUCUGGACAUGCAGCUGUAUCGGUCGUAUGGCUCAUUGAACACCGAUCAAACGGGUCGCAGUCUGGACACCUUUGGCUCCCUGUGUGGUCCACUGUCCGAACAAGUAGAACUAGAGGCUGAGCAUGCAAACGAAGUGCAGGUGGAGGUGGAGGUGGAGCCAGCACAAGUUCAUCAGCCACGUCCACGCCCACGGCAGAUAGAGGCCAUUCAGGAUGAGCAUCUGUUUUAGGAAUAAAAGUGUCUUAAAAUGAUCAUUGGAUCAAUAGAUCGUACAUAGCGAUAUACGUAUUAACAUCCUAAGUAACAUAAGUGUUCAAACCAAAAGGCUUAAACCAUAAAUCUAUUUUUUAGGGUGUAUCCGAGUAAGUCGUACUAGGAUUAGAGAGCGAAUCGAACUUAAUUAAAGUGCCAAAAACAUACAUUUUUCUAGCAUAGUAUACUCAUUGCUUUUUUACAUCCAAGUAUAUUCGAUUUAUUACAUUUACCACAAUAAUUAUCCUAAGU